AAUACCAAAAUGAUCAUCCUUCUCCCUUCCACCUGCAAAUCAGAUUCCCUCACACCCUAACCCUAAUUCCUCAUCGGAAGCAAAUCCAAUCUCCGAUUCAGUCGUCGGUUUUUUUUUCGGAAAUCAGCGAAAAUGGUGUUGGCUCAGUUAGGAGGGAGCAUAUCCCGGGCGAUCCAGCAGAUGAGUAAUGCCACCAUAAUCGACGAGAAGGUUUUGAACGACUGCCUCAACGAGAUCACGCGUGCUCUUCUCCAGGCCGAUGUUCAGUUCCAGCUAGUCCGUGAGAUGCAGACCAACAUCAAGAAAAUCGUCAAUCUUGACGAUCUCGCCGCAGGCCACAACAAGCGAAGGAUUAUCCAGCAAGCCAUAUUUAAUGAGCUGUGUAAAAUGUUGGAUCCUGGGAAGCCAUCUUUCACCCCCAAAAAGGGGAAAACAAGUGUUGUCAUGUUUGUCGGCUUACAGGGGUCUGGGAAAACAACAACAUGCACAAAAUAUGCAUAUUAUCAUCAGAAGAAAGGUUGGAAACCAGCUCUAGUCUGUGCAGAUACUUUCAGAGCUGGUGCUUUUGAUCAGUUGAAGCAGAAUGCCACCAAAGCUAAGAUUCCAUUUUACGGAAGCUAUAUGGAAUCAGAUCCUGUGAAAAUUGCUGUAGAAGGUGUGGAGAGAUUCAAGAAGGAGAACUGUGAUCUUAUAAUUGUUGAUACCAGUGGUCGCCACAAACAAGAAGCUGCCCUUUUUGAAGAAAUGCGUCAAGUUGAUGAAGCAACGAAACCAGAUCUUGUUAUAUUUGUUAUGGAUAGUAGUAUUGGUCAAGCUGCAUUUGAUCAAGCUCGAGCAUUCAAACAGAGUGUUAAAGUUGGAGCUGUGAUUGUUACCAAAAUGGAUGGGCAUGCCAAGGGUGGCGGCGCUCUUAGUGCGGUUGCUGCCACAAAGAGUCCCGUCAUAUUUAUUGGAACUGGAGAACACAUGGAUGAGUUUGAAGUUUUUGAUGUCAAAUCAUUUGUAAGCCGUCUCUUAGGCAUGGGUGACUGGUCUGGAUUCAUGGACAAAAUUCAGGAAGUUGUUCCUAUGGAUCAACAACCUGAGCUCCUCCAAAAACUUUCAGAAGGGAACUUUACAUUGAGGAUCAUGUAUGAGCAAUUUCAGAACAUUCUCAAAAUGGGUCCAAUUGGCCAGGUUUUCUCAAUGCUUCCUGGAUUUAGUGCGGAAUUAAUGCCGAAAGGUCGUGAAAAAGAAAGCCAGGCAAAAAUCAAACGCUACAUGACCAUGAUGGAUUCAAUGACAAAUGAAGAGUUGGAUAGUUCAAAUCCUAAGCUCAUGAAUGAAUCAAGGAUCAGGCGGAUAGCACGGGGAUCUGGUCGUCAAAUUAUAGAGGUAAUGGAAAUGUUGGAAGAAUAUAAGCGCCUUGCCAAGAUAUGGAGCAAGAUGAAGGGGCUUAAGAUUCCCAAGAAGGGUGAAAUGAGUGCCUUGUCCCGCAAUAUGAAUGCACAGCAUAUGAGCAAAGUCUUGCCCCCACAGGUGCUGAAGCAGAUUGGUGGCAUGGGUGGCUUGCAAAGCUUGAUGAAGCAAAUGGGAUCUGCAAAAGACAUGAUGGGGAUGUUUGGAGGUGGUGACAAGUAAUUUAUCCCCAAAACAACUCAGUUCAAUGAAGUUAAAUUCAGGCAAGGCAGCAGAAUUGUUAUCCAAAAAUUUAUUCCUUGCAGAAUGCAUUUUUAUUAGACUUUAUUUUUACUUUUUACAUUUCUUGUAACAUGUAGAUUUUACACCGAAUCUAAUUUUUGUUUGCCCUUCUGUAAGUAUUUAGAUUGAAGGAAAUCUAUUUCACAAAUUUACGAGAAUGGAAAUGAGCUUUAGGUCAUCAAACCAAAGAUUUUUUCGGUGUAGAAAAGAGUAAAGUGAUAGUAUUUUUUCUUCUGCGUCUCAUGUAACCAUAUGGAAAGCAUACCUGAGUAUGGAGGGGGGUAUUUAAGCCUUAAAUAAUCCUCCAAGGAGGGAACAUCUUCUAGUCCUUGAUUUGAUUGGUAGAAAAUGAUUUCUUGAAUGUUUUCUGUAUCUGGAAUAAGAAGGGUUUUUUUUU